UCUCCCUUCUCACUAGAAUCCGCCCUCUCUCCCUCCCUCCCCUUUGAGGGAGGUGAAAUGUGAUUGUUGCAUCCGACACAUGGUGAAGUCCGGUGGUGAACCGGCGGUUGAGGCUGCUACGGUCUCAUCUCACACGACCCAAUCUCCUCACUCGCCGGAACGGAAUCUCCCUCUCAUCCCACGGCCAAAGACAAAGAGGGCCGGGACUCCUUUCCCCGAGAGAGGCCGAAGUGAGCUGAAACGCGCAGGCCUUGAGACUAUUUCGGGGGUUAGUCGAAUCAAGAAGAAAAUGAUCUUCGAAAUGGCCGAGGAGCUACUCGCCGGAAAAAAUGAUGAGGGGACGGCGUCGCCGGAAGGAGAGCUGCCUUCCGAUGGGUAUCCGAGGAGAACGUUUGCUCAAAUGGCGAAGCCGGGCCCCUUCGAAACAGCUACGGGUCACUUACUCCUUCUCGACCAUGAGCGGUAUUUUGCUGCCGGAAUCUCGGACGAUGACCUAGUGGACCCCCCAUUCAAACCCAGCUCCCGGGAGGUAGAUGAACCGAAGCAGGAGUCGACAUCAAAUCUGGGUGAAGGGAGGGGGUCGCCGGAGGUUGAACAAGCUUGUGUUGGGGAGGUGCUGAACGCAUCAGCUCAAAUAAACGAGGGGAGUACACCAACGUGUGAUUUAGAGGACUCCGAUUUUGAGGGGGUAGCCGGAACUUCGCCGGCGCCGGCCAGCCGGAACGGUGAUGUAACAGCCAAGGAGAUGGUGCUGGUCAACCAUCAGCAUGUGGAAGGUACAAGGGAGCAUGUGCAUCCUUGUCUUGAUGUGGGGGUGACAUGUGAGGAGUUGGAUGCAUGUGACUCACAAAUGAGGGAAAAGACAAAGCUUACUUUGCAUGGGGAAGGAAGUGUUGGCUCUCUUUGGGUAAGUGGCAAUUUGAAUUCAAAUUCUACUCCAUGUGCCACACACCCUCCUCCCAUACCAAUCGGUCAUGAAGAACACAAAGGGGACCGGACCCCCGACGCACAGCGGCCGGAAAACUCGCCGGAAAAACCUGGUGCCGCCGGCGGGAGCUUGGAAGGGGGCGAAAUUACCCCACCCCCAAAAGGGGUCGGGGAGCGUGGAAGGAGAAUCAGCCACGUUCAAGGCCUUUAA